AUGUUUGAGGUGUUGUCUGGGAGAAAAGCGGUAGAUUCAACCCUUGAUGAAGACCAGUGGGGUUUGGCAGGUUGGGCUCAGCACAAAAUCAAAGAGGGAAAACUCAAUCAAAUUAUUGACCAGAGACUAAUAGGACAAAUCUCCAGAAAGUGCUUGAAGGAGUUUGCAAGCGUAGCAGGCCAUUGUUUACACACCCAACCAAAACACCGCCCUACCAUGGCAGAGGUUGUGGUCAAGCUCGAGUCUAUUCUUUCACUAGAAAGAGAAAGCGCCAAUUCUGUUGUUGAUGAUGAAGGAAUCGUUUACAAGCUAAAAUCUCUUUUCAUUGGGAAAUUAGUUGUUGCUGCAAUUCGAAGCAAAUCUGAUUUCAUUGCGCAUCGUAAACCGAUAUUAGAUGAAGAUAAUGCUGCAAUACGAAAAAAUCCUUAUGAACGUUCUAGAACUUUCUCAUAUGCUGAAUUGGUAAGUGCAACAAAUGGUUUCGAGAACGAGGAACAUUCCCCAGAUUUUAAUGACUCCAUUUUUAAAGGUUGGGUUGAUGAAAGGACAUAUACGCCAACAAAAAAAGGUGUUGAUGCUGAAAUUGGAAGCAAAUCGGAUUUCAUUGUGCACCACAAACCAAUAUCAAUUGAAAUUGAUACCACAAUAGGAAGCAAUAGUACUAAUAAAAGUUUUAGAACUUUCACAUAUACUGAAUUGGCAAUUGCAUCAGGCAAUUUCACGAACAAGGAAUAUGCCCCAACUCUAAUGGAUUUCAUCUACAAAGGUUGGGUUAAUGAAAAGACGUAUGGACCAACAAUAAAUGGUUAUGGUUUAGCGAUGUAUAUUAGGAAGAUGGAGAUUCCAACACGAAAGCAGGACAUCAAACUAGAACAUUUCAAUCAUCCGAACCUUGUAAAAUUCUUUGGAUAUUGCCUGAAUGAUCACAAACUAUUUUGUGUUUACGAGUACAUUUCUGGCAUAACUUUGGAUAAAUACCUUUAUGGAGAGUCAGGUACUUCACUUUCUUGGGUUGCACGAUUAAAAAUAGCAAUAGGAGCAGCUGAAGGCCUGGCCUAUUUACAUAAAAGGAACCAGCCUGCGUAUAGCCAAUUUAAGACCAAUCUUAUAUUGGUGGAUAAGGAUUUUAAUGCUCGGCUUUCAGAUUUUGCUUUUGUUACUCAAAACUUCCAAUUGGAUGCAUAUUAUUAUGCAGCCCCUGAGUCAUUUUGUCACCAAGCAGACACAUUUGAUGGUCUUCACCCACUGCAGCUACCUGAAGAUGGUUUUGCAAUUAAGAGUGAGAUCUAUGCUUUUGGAGUGGUACUGUUGGAAAUACUUACAGGGAUGAAGGUGUAUGAUAGGAGGAGGCCCCUUGGAAAGCAAAACCUGGUGGAAUGGGCUCUUCCAUUGCUAGAAGAUGAGGUUAAUUUGAGUGUAAUUAUGGACCCACGCCUUCAAAAUAUUGAUUGUCCUCCAAAGGAAGCAUUUAAGUUCGCUCAACUUAUUUCAAACUGUCUUCAAGCAAAACAAGACAAACGCCCAUCAAUGGAAUACAUAGCGCAGGGCUUGCAUCAUUGCUAUCAAAAUGAAAUCAAAACAGUUUGA